CCCGUUUCUUUUAUUCAGUCCUCGUUCCUUUCUUCUUCUUCCUCUCAAGUCUCACCAGUCAUUAUCUCGAUUCUCAAUCUUCCGGUCACCGACUAAUUUUUGGAUUUCGAGUUUGAUUUUGCUGUUUUCGGAAUCAUCAAUUUGAGUUUUCAGUGGUUAAAAUUAGCUUUGAUUGCUGAGAGAAAAGUAUGGGAUCGAGAGGUUUUAUCACCGAUAAGUGGUCAAUGAGGAUUCUAUGGGGUUGUGCACUCGGCAGUGCCAUUGGUUUAUACAUGGUUGCUGUAGAGAGACAAACUCAGAACAGGGCUCGUGCUAUGGCUGAAGGUUUGAGAGCUGCAGAAUCACAGGCUGAUGGUGAUAGUGUCUAAAUGUGUCUAACAACAUUAGCUUCAAGCUUGUGUUGAUGUAGUUUCUCGUUUGCAAAUAAUGGUAAUAAGGUUUCAAAACUUGGAUAGUUGAAGUUGCUAAACAUACAAUUUGUGUUGUUGUGGAAAAAAAAGGUUGUUUCUUUCACACUGUCAUGCUAUGUUUGUGAAUCGAUUUUUUAAUUGCGCAUUUUCAGCAAGGCAUCUUGCGUUUACUGGGAUGUGUAUUCUCUUACGUAAAAGUCUCCCUUCCUGUAUAUAAAGCAUUAGGGAUCAUGUAUCCGAAAUGUACAGCAGGAUCAACUUAUUACAUUAGAAAUAAUAAUGGCACAGGGACGCCCAGGCAAAUGCUUUGGGUUCGUCCUCUUACUAUGCUUUUUCAGUUCAACUUUCGCACGCAGGAUUCUCAAGGAUCUCCCUAUGAUGGAGCCAAGCAAGCUACAUCUACACUAUGUAAUGAAGCCUGGGAUGGAUGUUCUACACCCAGACCAUGAGGUACAACCUGACCACAAAGUCAAGCCUGAUCAGAUAAUGCAGAACAUGGCGAGUGAACUAGGUGACCCACCGGAUUAUCAGGAUCCUGACCACGUAGUUAAGCCUAUUCAGAUAAUGCAGACCAUGGCGAGUGAACCAGGAGGUAACCCACCGGAACCUGACCACGUAGUUAAGCCUAAUCAGAUAAUGCAGACCAUGACGAGUGAACCGGACCCGGACCCGGACGUACCUGACCACGUAGUUAAGCCUAAUCAGGUAAUGCAGACCAUGGCGAGUGAACCGGACGAACCUGACCACACAGUUAAGCCUAUGGGGUAUGGUGUAGGUAGAGGAUAUGGAAGUGGUGGCUCUGGUGUUGGCUAUGGUGUUGGUUAUGGCAGUGGAGGCAGUGGCUUUGGGGAAGGAAUUGGCUCUAGUGGAGGCAGUGGCUUUGGAGAAGGAAUUGGGUCUAGUGGAGGCAGUGGCUUUGGAGAAGGAAUUGGGUCUAGUGGAGGCAGUGGCUUUGGAGAAGGAAUUGGGUCUAGUGGAGGCAGUGGCUUUGGAGAAGGAAUUGGGUCUAGUGGAGGCAGUGGCUUUGGAGAAGGAAUUGGGUCUAGUGGAGGCAGUGGCUUUGGAGAAGGAAUUGGGUCUAGUGGAGGCAGUGGCUUUGGAGAAGGAAUUGGGUCUAGUGGAGGCAGUGGCUUUGGAGAAGGAAUUGGGUCUAGUGGAGGCAGUGGCUUUGGAGAAGGAAUUGGGUCUAGUGGAGGCAGUGGCUUUGGAGAAGGAAUUGGGUCUAGUGGAGGCAGUGGCUUUGGAGAAGGAAUUGGGUCUGGUGGUGGUUCAGGUAUUGGCAUUGGAGAAGGAAUAGGGUCUGGUGGUGGUUCAGGUAUUGGCAUUGGAGAAGGAAUAGGAGGGUCUGGGUCUGGCCAACCGAAUUGUGGUCCUGUAACGGGAGCUCCAGGUGAAGGGAUUGGUAUUGGUAUUGGACGUGGCUCUAGUGGUGGACCCGGUGUAGUUGUUCCAGGCACAACAAUCCCUCCCAUAGUGGUUCCAGGCGCACAGAUUCCCGGCUUUGUGAUUCCAGGAGUAACAGUUCCUGGUUACGGUGUUCCUGGCUGCCAAACCGGUGGCUGCAAGCCAAACCCAUACUAUAACCCACGUCCUCAUUGUCCACCUUUCACUUUAGGUCAAGACAAGCACAUGUCAAACAAAGGAACCAUGACAGAAGCUCUUGCUCCCACUUCAUCGGAGAUGCAUGCCUAAGCCUAAGCUUCAAGUGUCCAUGAAACACAAGUCUAAUAAAUCACUCAUAAUGAAAUCUAUUUUGGUUUGAUAAAAAGCUUCCUUCACAUAAAGUUGAAUAAGACAAUUUUACUGCCCAAGCAAACUUAAAUAAGGGAAAACUAUAUAAGAUCAAGUUACUCAAGAGACAAGAUUGAUUAAGAAUUAGGCAAAUGUACUUGCAUUCCCAUGGCUGUAGCCAUCAAUGAGUUUUAAAUUUAAUAAAAAGUCCCACAAAUCCGGUUAAGGUUU